CCACACACACACGGCAGAGCAUCGAGAUGGCGACGCGAUUGAUUGAGGAGUAUCGGGCUCAAGGUCGUCGGCCGCCGAAUCUGUUGGUGUGUGGAACGCCGGGUACGGGUAAGACGUCGCUCUGUGAGGAGCUGGCGCAACGCACAGGAUGGACUCACAUUGACAUCUCGGCCCUUGCCCUGCGCCGUCAGCUCCACGAGGGCUACGAUGACUCGCGCCAAACGCACAUUCUUGACGAAGACGCUGUGCUAGACGAGCUGGAUGAUGCCAAUCAAGUCAACAUAAUGCAGGGUGGCUUUAUCGUGGAUUACCAUGGUUGCGACUUUUUCCCCGAACGAUUCUUCGACCUCGUCCUCAUUCUGCGAGCCGAGAACAACAUCCUCUGGGAGCGCCUGGAAGCUCGCGGCUACCCACAGACCAAGGUGCAGGAAAACGUGGAGGCAGAAAUCAUGCAGGUGGUCCUUGAAGAGGCGCGUGAAUCCUACAAGCACGAGAUUAUUCAGGAGCUACCCAGCAACACCUUGGACGAUCACGAGGCUAACCUUGAGCGCAUUUCACAAUGGCUCCUUGCACACAUGGAACAAGCCCCCAGGGUCUAGAAUCAAUUCGCCUCGACUUUAAACAGGUUGAUCAACAAGGCUUUGAGUUCUCUGAGUGCCCUAGUUCUAUCACGCUAAUGUUCGGAUCUCCAUCCCUUCCCUGCUGUCUCGUCAAAUGCGGCGAGAGAAACACAUGCCUACAAACAGUGGUAAGGACCACGAGAGCGCCGCGCGCUUCUCAUGGAUGCAAUUGAGAUUUUCAAGCUGUAGUAUCAGAAAGUGGGUCAAACGAACGCUGACAGCAACAAACCCCGUCCAAAGUUUCCGACAUGAAAAUCAACACUUCAAGACUCGGCGAUGAAAAAAAAAUCACAGCAACCCGGAGGAAACAACAAGACGAGGACAGGUCAGGUACAUCCAUGAACACAGCGUUCCAUGAAGGCGUGUAAGCAAGCACAACAAAUGUCUUUUCACAUGUCAACCAAAUACAGAAAAGUAGACGCCAAAACCUAAAAAACGCAAAACCUGUUACUGCACAAACGCCGACCCACCAUCCACCCACAUCAGUUCAUGCCUUGCAACCUGAGUGAGUCGAGGCGUGUCCGUGCUGAGGAUGCUUCAUCAGCCAUUGGCAGGCAAGCAAAUCAGAGAGGCAAGCCGCAAUGAAGCGUUUGACAAUAAAACGAUCUUGGAAGAGCAAAAAGGAUAAAGGGCUCAAACUAGCAAAAAGACCACUUAACCCGGAAAGCAAACAAAAAAAAAGGGGGGGGGGG